AUGCCCUCGAACGACGUCGCCAGCCAGAAGUGGAAGGUCGCCCUCGUCGGUAGCGGCAACUGGGGCUCGGCCAUUGCGCGCCUCGUCGGCAAGAACAUCAAGGAGCGCUCCGACCAGUUCGACCCCGAGGUCAAGAUGUGGUGCUACGAGGAGGACUUCGAGGGCCGCAAGUUGACCGAGGUCAUCAACGAGAAGCACGAGAACGUCAAGUACCUCCCCGGCGUCGACCUCGGCGACAACGUCGUCGCCGAGCCCGACCUGGCCAAGGCCAUCGAGGGCGCCAACGCGCUCAUCUUUGUCAUCCCUCACCAGUUCAUCGCCAAGACGUGCGAGCAGCUCGAGGGCAAGAUCCCCAAGGGGACGCACGGCAUCUCGCUCAUCAAGGGCGUCGACGUCAAGAACGGCGAGAUCCACAUCUUCAGCGAGGUCAUCAGCGAGAAGCUCAACAUCGAGUGCGCCGCCCUCUCCGGCGCCAACAUUGCCAACGAGGUCGCCCAGGACUCGUUCUCCGAGACGACGAUCGGCUGCCGCGACAUCGACGUCGCCAAGAAGUGGAAGGCCCUGUUCGAGACGGAGAAGUUCCGCGUUGCCGUCAGCGAGGACGUUGUCGGCGUGUCGCUCGGCGGCGCGCUCAAGAACGUGGUCGCGGUGGCGGCCGGCCUGAUCGACGGCAUGCAGUGGGGCAACAACGCCAAGGCCGCCAUCAUGCGCAUCGGGCUCCUCGAGAUGAAGCGCUUCGCGCUCGAGUUCUUCCCCGGAACGCAGCCCGACACGUUCGUCCAGGAGUCGGCCGGCAUCGCCGACCUCAUCACGUCGUGCCUCGGCGGCCGCAACCACAAGGUCGCCGCCGCGUUCGUCACCAAGGGCAAGUCGUUCGAGGACCUCGAGGAGGAGAUGCUCAACGGCCAGAAGCUGCAGGGUGUCCAGACGGCCAAGGAGCUGUACCAAUUCCUGAAGAACCGCGGCCGCGAGGAGGCGUAUCCGCUCUUUACCUUUGUCUACCGCGUCGCGUACGAGGGCGUCAAGCCCGACACGAUCACGGCGCACAUCUGA